AUGGAGACCAAUCUCAUUGUUGAAGAUAUCCGCCUUGUUCAAGGACAGCUUUGGCUCAGCAAAAUGAAGGAGGUCUAUAAGGUAGACCAAAUUUGCCCAUGGAUCUCGUCUUUCCACCCCAACAAGCUUCCUUGCAAGAUAAUGGGCAAGAAGAUUUACCGUGGAUCAUUCAACUGGGGAAUGAAAGUAGUCUUCUCCGAUGGAACCGCAUGGCUAGUUCGAUUUCCUCGCGGUGGCCGCAUAUCCCAAGACGUCAUCGAUGAGAAGGUCGCGAUGGAAGUGACAACCCUGAGAUUGCUUCGCAGUCAGACCACCAUCCCCGUCCCGACUGUUCAUGCCUGGGGCCUUUCUGCAAGGAACCCGCUUGGUACAGGUCCGUUUAUCAUGAUGGACUUCAUUGAGGGCAAGAGCCUCCUCGACAUCUUGAUCGAUCAAGACGAUGAACAUCCGACCCGAUUGAUGCGAGAGGACAUUAGCCGUGAUGAUGUCAAAAAGAUCUACCGACAAAUGGCCAACUUCAUGUUGCAGAUGUAUCAAAUCGAUUUCGACAGAAUUGGCAGUCUGCCCUGGCCGGAAAAUGAAGGAACGAGCUUGCCACGACCUCUCACAUUCAAAGCCCAUGAGAUUGGAGCCACAGGAGGCGUGGACGUAUUUGGCGACCGAACCAAGGGAUUCGAGACCACAGACGAAUACCUCAAGCAUCUCGCCGAAGAAAAUUGGGAGCAGCUCCGCAGGCAGCCAAACUCCGUCGCCAACAGACACCACGCCGAAAAGCAGUAUCGGGCCUGCCAAAUGAUCAAAGGGCUGGUAGAGACCGGGGAUUUCACCAACCAGAAGUACAACACGGGAAAGUUCAAGUUGAUCUGCGACGAUCUAGGAUUGGCAAACCUGAUCGUCCGCAGUGAGACAGACUUGACCGUUGUCGGGGUGAUCGACCUUGAAUGGUCAUACGCCGGCCCUGCCCAGAUCGCUGGCUCGGCACCAUACUGGCUCCUUCAGGAUCGACCUACCAACGGCGAUUGGGAUUAUGAGGACGGUCAACCAUCCCGAGCCGCCAAUCGAUACUUCGAUCACCUCGACCUUUACCUGGACAUCCUAAAGGAAGAGGAAGCCAAGGUCCCGGAAUACGGACAUGAGCUCUCCGAUAUGAUCCAAUGGUCCCAGAAAUCUGGGGCCAUGUGGCUUCAUAUGCUUCUUGCGGUUGGUUUCGGCCACGAUGGCACCCAAACUUUUCCUUUCGCCAAGUUACGUCAGCAUGUUGGAGAAACUCAGUGGGCAAGGCGAGAGCAAGAGUUCAAAGGGCCCAUGAUGGCAGCCUUUGGGGCAUGGAAAGAGAAUGAAGUGAGGCGAUACAAUGGUGACUUGUGGGAGAUGAGAAAGAGCAUGGAGAAGGUGGAGCGGAAGGAAAUGACCAGCCAGGAAUUUCUGGAUUGGGCUUUCGACAUGCAUAGGGAGAAGGGAUAUUGGCUCCCAAGCUAA